AUGGGAUAAAAUUGGGGAAGCCCUUAAAUAGUGUAACAAAGCAUGAUUAAUAAUUCAGAUUUCUUAAAGCAAGAGGUUGAUGCUUAAUUGACUCUUGAGAAAUGUCCUCAUUUAAGACAUUUGAUAGAUUUUGAUUUCUAUUAAGAUAAAAAUCAAUCAGAAAACCAAAAAAAGAUCAAGUUUAAUUGUAAACCUGAUUUUACAAAAUUGAAAAAUCUCGAGCAACUCAAUUUAGAAAACUAGAUAAAUUUUAAUCAUUUUUAGGAUAUAUUCUAAUAACUUAUUGAAGGACUAUAUGAAAUGCAUAAAAAUAAUUUCAUUGGAAGAUGUAUUUCAAUAGAAUGCAUAACUUAUACUAUUGGUAAAACACUUAAUUAUGGAUCUUUUGGAUAUUUUCAUUCAGUUGAUCAACUUCAAUUUCCUCCUGAAUGUCUUUACAAAUUAAUAAAUACAUAUGAAACAGAUUAUUGGUUAGUAGCUAAAAUAAUGUGGUAAUUAUAUAAUAAAAAAAGAGAAUAUUAUGGAAAAUCAAUAUAAUAAUUAGGAUCGGAUCUUUUAAAAUUUGCGAUAAAUGCAUAAUAUAUUGAUGAAAAUAAGGAACCCAAUUAGUUAGUUAAAUUGAUAAAUAAAAUGCUCCCUAUUAAUUGUGGAUAAAGGAUAUCAAUUUGCAAAGUAUUAGAUUAAUUAAACUUUAAAUUAAAAGAAGAAAUGAAGUCUUUUUAUAGUAAUUAUGAGUUUGGACCAUAUUUCUUAAGAUUAAUGAAAUAAACAGAAAAGAGAGAUUAUUAAAAAAUAUUUGUUUAUGAAAUUGAUCUUACAAACAAAAUUUGUAAUAAUUUUUGUCAAGAAAUAUUUUAAAUUCUAUUAACUUAUAUAGCCUUAUAAUUGUGUUUUCAUUUUCCAACAAAAGAAGAGAAUAUAUAUCCAUUACUAUUAAGUACCUUAUCAAAAUAUUUAACAAUAAGUUCAAAAAUUUUGAAAGAUAAACUAAUUCUUUAAGAAUAAGGACAUAUGGGUGAUACAGAAAACUAUAUCAAGCUUCUUUAAUAAAUAAUUAAUUCACAUAAUUAAGCAUAUAAGUUUGAAAAACAUGUAAUUAAAUAAUGGUAAAUGGAUUUUUAACAAUUAAACGGAUUAAAUGAUUAAGAAAAAAUAAAGAUAAUAAAUUUUAAAUUACAUUAAUUUAGGGCUUUAGCCAAUGAACCAGAAACUAUUGCAUAAAAAAUAUUAUUAAAUUUGCUAUGCAAUUUAAAAGUGAAGGAAUUUAAGUCUUAAAAUUUAGAACUAGACUUAUUAAAGUUUCUUUAAGAAAUUUAAAGAAAAAAAUGA